CGAGUGUCUUAUCAGAGGAUGGUCCAAAUUAAAAGCAGUACGUAGCGGGGAGAAUAAAAUCAAUACACUUUACUAGGUCGCCGAGAAACCAUCAACAUAAACAGUGUUUUCCUAGAAACCAAACGUGGUAACACGGAACAGCGCUAAGCAGUCGAAGAUACGGACCCGUGCCCAGCAGGCAGCGAUCGAAGCGGAAAACGAGGAACGCAGGUUAAAGUUUUACGGUGGCCAAAGAACGUCCGGUAAGGGCAGCAUAGCGGAAGCGAAAAAGCAGGGCAAACUUAGAAUGUCAGCCAAUGGUACCGAUGAACGGCGCAGUUCCGACUUUACCGAUGUACAGCUGAAUGACAUCUUUCACAACGCGCAAAGUAUGAGCGGUGUUGUGCGCGGUGCUACCGGGAUUCUGUACGACGACCGAUUCGCGCUGCACCGCUGCCUCUGGGACAGUAACUAUCCGGAAUGUCCCGAGCGCUAUCUGCGCGUCAUGGAGCGCGUCGCAAUGGAGAAGUUGGUAGAGCGAUGCAGUUUUAUCGCUCCGCGGGAAGCUACCAGGGAAGAGAUCCUAACAAAACACACCGAGGAACAGAUCGAAAUACUGCAGAAAACGCACGGUUCGCUGGACGAAACGGAGCUGGAACGGUUAAGCUCGAAGUAUGAUGCAAUUUUUAUUCAUCCGACGUCGUACGAAACAAGUUUGCUUGCCGUUGGCAGUACGAUAAAGCUAGUCGAAAGCGUGUGGAACGGUACGGUGCAGAACGGAAUGGCGAUCCUGCGGCCGCCGGGCCAUCAUGCAAUGACGGCAGAGUACAACGGAUAUUGCUUCUUCAAUAACGUUGCUAUAGCGGCUCAGCACGCACUGGACCAUCUCGGUACGCGCAAGAUACUGAUCGUCGACUGGGACGUCCACCACGGUCAGGGAACGCAACGGAUGUUUUACGCAGAUCCGAGAGUACUGUACUUCUCCAUUCAUCGGUACGAGCAUGGUACGUUUUGGCCCAAUCUACGCGAAUCCGAUUUCGACUACAUCGGCGAAGGAAAUGGUGCGGGAUACAAUUUUAACGUACCGCUCAACAAGACCGGUAUGACAAAUGGAGACUAUCUUGCCAUCUGGCAGCAAAUUCUACUACCGGUAGCGGCAGAGUUUCAACCGGAGCUGAUAAUCGUAUCAGCCGGCUACGACGCUGCGUACGGAUGUCCAGAGGGCUGUAUGGAAAUAACGCCGGCCUUCUACUCGCACCUGCUAAGUCCGCUGCUUGCGCUGGCUCAGGGACGAGUGGUGGUCGUACUGGAGGGUGGUUACUGUCUCGAAUCCCUGGCCGAAGGUUGCACACUCACGCUCAAAACACUGCUGGGCGAUCCGUGCCCGGGGUUGGUGGAGAAACUGCAGCCACCAUCGGAAAGUAUGCAAACAUCGAUCCUCAACUGUAUCUACAGCCACCGGAUGUACUGGAAGUGUCUUCAGUUUUAUGAAUUAUACGACCUGGAGGAUUACAAUAACACCAAUCCGCAGGAUGAUUUCCAUAAGGUGAUCAAAUGCUACAUUCCACCGGAACCACCCGCCCGGCCCGGAUACUACGAAACGCGCAACUGCUACCCGAUACAGUCGGACGAGGAGCGCACCCGUAUCCAGGACCGUCUGACCCAGUUACGUCUGGCCACGGAUCUAUCGGUACCGCCGAGUCGCGUGUGCUACGUAUACGACGAGCUAAUGCUGGAACAUCGGAACAGCCAGGAGAAAUGGCACCCAGAACAACCGGAGCGCAUAGCAAAGAUAAUGCAGCGGCUGUCCGUCGAUUAUCAGCUCGUGAAGCGUAUGCAGCGGAUAGCGGGCCGGUUCGCUACGAGCGAAGAACUUUGCCUGGUUCACGAUUUGAAACAUGUGCAGCUAAUCAAAACGUUGUCUGAAUCGGACACGAUGAAACAAACGGCGGACAAGUACAACUCUAUCUACUUCCACCCGAGCACGAACGAUAGCGCCCGGAUGGCGGCCGGAUCCGUGCUGGAGGUGCUGUCGCAAGUGUUGAGUGGUCAGGUACGGUCCGGUGUGUGUGUGGUACGGCCGCCCGGCCACCAUGCCGAAUCGGACACACCGCACGGGUUUUGCAUCUUCAACAAUAUUGCGGUGGCGGCCCGGGCUGCGGUGGAACAUUAUGGUUUGCGCCGAGUGCUGAUUGUGGAUUGGGAUGUCCACCAUGGGAAUGGAACGCAGCACAUCUUCGAGCAGGAUCCGCGCGUACUGUACAUUUCCGUGCACCGGUACGAUAAUGGGUCGUUCUUCCCGAACAGUACGGACGCCAACUAUACGGUGGUAGGUAGUGGGCAGGGUGAAGGAUUCAACGUUAACAUUCCCUGGAACCGGAAGGGCAUGGGUGAUGCGGAGUAUGUGGCCGCGUUCCAGUCGAUUAUACUGCCGAUUGCGUACGAGUUCAAUCCGGAGUUGGUGCUCGUAUCGGCUGGAUUCGAUGCGGCGAUUGGGGAUCCGCUUGGCGGAUGUCGCGUGACCCCGGAAGCAUAUGGCCAUUUUACGCACUGGCUGUCGGCGCUGGCUGGGGGCCGGAUAAUGGUGUGCUUGGAAGGCGGUUACAACGUCAACUCGAUCUCGCACGCGAUGGCCAUGUGCACGAAGGCACUGUUAGGGGAUCCGUUGCCAAUGCUGCUUCCACCUGCUACCUCACGUACCACCACCACCACCACCACCACCACGUCCUGUUCGACGAGUGCGUCCUGUGCUGAGACAUUGCGGAAUGUGCUUACGGUGCAGCAGAAGUACUGGCGAUCGUUGUGUUUCAACAAGAAACUACCAACCUGCCAACCGCUGACAGACGGUACGCUGGUAGAUGCGCUCGACUCGUUGAACCUGAACGAUUCGGAAUCUUCCAAAAAAUCACCCCAAUCCAUCUCAUCGCCAUCGUCGACAUCCGGUUCGGUUGGGAUGGGUUCCGAUGAACCGUGCGCCUCCUCAUCCACAGCAGGCAGAAGUCAAAAGCGCGUUACAACGUUAACCGAAUAUUUGGAAGCUAAUCUAGAGGCAUUACAAAACGAAGAAAUGUUUGCUGUUAUACCACUGAAAAACUGCCCCCAUCUGAAGUUGCUACGUCCGGAAACGGCACCUGCUUCCAUCAACACACAAACACCUUGCAGUGACUGUGGUGCCGAGGUGGAAAAUUGGAUCUGCUUACUGUGCUUUGGCGUCUACUGUGGGCGCUACGUCCAGGAGCAUAUGUUACGGCACGGUACGGAAACGGUGGACCACCCGCUAGCCCUUAGCUUUACCGAUCUGUCCGUGUGGUGUUACGGGUGCGAUGCGUACAUCGAUCAUCCAGCACUGCACCAUUACAAGAGCUUGGUACAUCUGGACAAAUUCCAGGAACCGCUCGUCUGGUCGUACGGUAGCGAUCUAGUGCUGGAUGUGGUCAAUGCUGGUGCCAGCAGCAGUGGCAGCAAGCAGAAGGGUGACUGAUAUUGGCCCGACAUCUCGAAAAUUAUUUUUCGAGUGCUCGUACUGUUUCUGCUGAAGCAUAUGCUCGUUGGUUACUUCAAGUAGCAUGCCGUAUA